ACCCGAAACGCGCAGCCGCGGACCUACGUUACGGAAAGAAACAUUAAUAAAUGAAAAUUUAAUUUAGCCGGAUUAUUAUUGUAUUACAAUCAACACAAAAAGAAGCAACAGUUGGAUCCGAAGAACAUUCAUUAAUCUGUAUUGAUACGGUGAUCUUGGAGGGGACGAACGACCGAAGGUUUAGCUAGCUACUGAAAAUGUCCCUGGUUUGUGCAAUAUCAAAUGAGGUCCCGGAGCACCCGUGCGUGUCGCCGGUGUCCAACCAGGUGUUUGAGCGGCGGCUGAUUGAGAAGUACAUAGCUGAGAAUGGAGCAGACCCUAUGAAUGGGCAGCCUCUGUCAGAGGAACAGCUGAUAGACAUUAAAGUCUCUCACCCCAUCAGACCCAAAGCUCCCUCAUCCACUAGCAUCCCAGCCAUCCUCAAAGCUCUGCAGGACGAGUGGGAUGCGGUGAUGCUCCACAGCUUCACCUUGAGGCAGCAGCUGCAGACAACGCGUCAAGAACUAAGCCACGCCCUCUACCAGCACGAUGCCGCAUGCAGGGUCAUCGCCCGUCUCACCAAGGAGGUCACUGCAGCCAGAGAGGCUCUGGCCACUCUGAAGCCACAGGCAGGAUUGGUGGUGGCUCAGGCAGUCGCUUCCCAGCCCCAUGUCACGGCUGGAGGUGCAGGAGAGCUCAUGGAGGUCAGUGAGCAGGUGGGAAUGAUACCAGAGAUCAUACAGAAGCUGCAAGACAAGGCCACGGUCCUGACCACGGAGAGAAAGAAGAGAGGAAAGACAGUUCCAGAAGAGCUGGUCCGAACGGAGGACCUCAGCAAGUACAGACAAGUUGCUACCCAUGCUGGUCUCCACAGUGCCAGUGUGCCUGGGAUCCUGUCUCUGGACCUGUGUCCCUCCGACACCAACAAAGUGCUCACUGGCGGGGCUGAUAAGAACGUGGUGGUGUUUGAUAAGAAGGAGGAGCAGAUCAUCGCAACCCUGAAAGGUCAUACCAAGAAGGUCACCUCUGUCAUCUACCACCCCUCUCAGUCGGUAGUGUUCUCGGCCUCUCCAGACAGCACUAUCCGCGUGUGGUCCGUUACCGGCGGCAACUGUGUCCAGGUGGUGCGGGCUCACGAGGCGAGCGUCACCGGGCUCUCCCUCCACGCCACCGGAGACUACCUGCUCAGCUCCUCCGAGGAUCAGUACUGGGCCUUCUCUGACAUCCAAACAGGUCGUGUUCUCACUAAGGUCACCGAUGAGGCUGCAGGAUGUGCUCUGACCUGUGCCCAGUUCCACCCUGACGGUCUGAUCUUCGGGACGGGAACGGCCGACUCUCAGAUCAAGAUCUGGGACCUGAAGGAGCGCACCAACGUGGCCAACUUCCCCGGCCACAUCGGCCCUGUCACUUCAAUCGCCUUCUCUGAGAACGGAUACUACCUGGCUACAGGUGCACAGGACAGCUCAGUGAAGCUCUGGGAUCUGAGGAAGCUGAAAAAUUUCAAAACCAUCACCCUGGACAACAACUAUGAGGUGAAGUCCCUGGUGUUUGACCAGAGUGGGACGUACCUGGCUGUGGGUGGCACUGACAUCAGGGUCUACAUCUGUAAGCAGUGGUCCGAGGUCCUCAACUUCACAGAACACACUGGGGUGGUGACAGGCGUGGCUUUCGGGGAGCACGCCCAGUUCCUCACCUCCACUGGAAUGGACAGGAGCCUCAAGUUCUACAGCCUGUAACAACACGGAUCAUAUGAGCAGAGUGAUGGAUGUCUCUGAUUGGCUGGCCUCUCUGAGGUCACGCUGAGGAUGUAUGCAUGGGAAGAGACUUUUGACGUGUCCCAAAUGGCAACCUAGGGAAAAGGAUU